AUGACGGCCGUGUGCAUGAGUGGAGGUGGCCUGGUGAACCCUCCCUAUGCCAGGUGGGACCGGCGUGACAGCGUGGAAAGCAGCUGUCAGACCGAGUGCACCAAGGAAGAGGAGGAGGAGGAGGAAGAGCAGCAGCCCCGCCAGCUGACACCCUUCGAAAAGCUGACACAAGACAUGUCCCAGGAUGAAAAGGUGGUGAGAGAGAUCACACUGGGGAAGCGGAUAGGAUUCUAUCGAAUUCGAGGGGAAAUCGGAAGCGGAAACUUCUCCCAAGUCAAGCUCGGGAUUCACUCCCUGACCAAAGAAAAAGUUGCCAUUAAGAUCCUGGACAAGACCAAGUUAGACCAGAAAACCCAAAGGCUACUAUCCCGUGAAAUCUCCAGCAUGGAAAAGCUCCACCAUCCCAACAUUAUCCGCCUUUACGAAGUUGUGGAGACCUUGUCCAAGCUGCACUUGGUGAUGGAGUACGCUGGGGGUGGGGAGCUCUUCGGGAAAAUCAGCACUGAGGGGCGGCUCUCCGAGGCCGAAAGCAAGCUCAUCUUCUCCCAGAUCGUGUCGGCUGUGAAGCACAUGCAUGAAAACCAAAUUAUUCACCGGGAUCUGAAAGCAGAAAAUGUGUUCUACACCAGCAGCACGUGCGUGAAGGUGGGCGACUUCGGGUUCAGCACCGUGAGUAAGAAAGGCGAGAUGCUGAACACCUUCUGCGGAUCUCCGCCCUACGCUGCCCCCGAGCUCUUCCGGGACGAGCACUACGUCGGCGUCUACGUGGACAUCUGGGCCCUGGGGGUGCUGCUGUACUUCAUGGUGACCGGCGCGAUGCCGUUUCGCGCCGAGACUGUGGCCAAGCUGAAGAAGAGCAUCCUGGAGGGCGCCUACAGCGUGCCCGCGCACGUGUCGGAGCCCUGCCAGCGGCUCAUCCGCGGGGUCCUGCAGGCCGUGCCCAGCGAGAGGCUCGGCAUCCACUACAUCAUGAGCGACGAGUGGAUGCGCGGGGUGCCGUACCCCACACCGCUGGAGCCCUUCCAGCUGGACCCCAAGCAUUUGUCAGAAACCAGCACCCUCAGAGAAGAAGAAAAUGAGGUGAAGAGCACGUUGGAACACUUGGGCAUUACGGAAGAGCAUAUUCGGAAUAACCAGGGACGAGAUGCUCGGAGCUCGAUCACGGGGGUCUACCGCAUCAUCCUACAUAGGGUGCAACGGAAAAAGGCCUCGGAAGGCGUCCCCGCGGCGGUGGUGCCGGACCCCAAGGAGCGACACCUAAAGAGAGGGUCCCGAGUCUACAAAGGCAUAAGACACACGUCGAAAUUUUGUUCAAUUUUAUAAAUCAUGUUGGACUCCCGAUAGUUAUCAAAGAUCAUUGCUGCUGCUUUUAAAUUUUUUCAUGAACAACUUGAGUGGAGACAUUUUUGUAAUUUUAAAUAAAUUUAAAUUUGAGAUAUGCA